AUGACAGCAAACAAGCUAAACGACCCGCGUAUAGGGGAAGAUGUCCUCUGUUAUGGAGGGUUGAGCCGGAGACAUCUCUAUGACCAGAACUUGCGCCAUUUUCUUUGGGAUCAGGUGCUGUUGCAAACCGAGCUCCCGGAACCCAGCUAUCUCGAUUGGAUUAGCGGCACCUACACCACCACCGUUCCGGUCUUGCGAAAUGAACCGGAAAGCCAGUAUUUUAGCAAUCGCGAGAUAUUGAUCCCCGUCACUCUCCGCCUCGACUUCUCCGCGGAUACAGAACAGAUGGUGCGGUGGACCAUCGACGCGCGCCCCUCCAAGAUGAAAUACCCCUCAAAGGAGCGCCUCCUUAACCUCGCAUACCCGGGUCUCCAUACCGGAUGCUCCAAGGUUAAGGAUCUCGGGUCAUUUGACUCGAUCUGCGAAGUAACCUGGGAGACACCAAUGUUCUCUCCAUACAUCCGCAUUGAAACUGCCAAUCGCAGCGGCCAGCGUGAGGCUGUACAGCCUGUCGUAAUGGAGUGCUGA